UGAUGAAUGGCUGGCGGCAGUUUGAAUGUGAGAGCGCGGCUUUCUAGGGCUUCGGAAUGUCGACGUUGGCUGCCUUUGGGAAGCUCCCGACGCUGAACUCUGCAACUAUUUUGUUGGUGGGGACAAAUGAAAUCUUCCAGCAGCAGCUUGCAGAGACAAUUCUUCAAGAAAAGCAAGAUUUAAAAAUAAACAUUCACUUGGCAGACUCUCUCCCUUUACCUCCAGAGAGAGAUCACAUCCGGCCUCGGAUUGACCUGAUUGUUUUUAUGGUUAACAUGCAAAGCAAGCACAGUUAUAGUAACAUUGAAGCUUCCCUGGUCCAUGUAGAUGCCAGUUUUUUCCUUGGGAAAGUGUGCUUUCUGGCUACAGGUGCUGGUAGGCUAAAUCAAAUCAGUAUUGAAGUGAACGCUGUCUUGAAGCUGGCAGAUCUUUACUGCAGCCCUGUUUUAUUCUGCGAGUUGGAGUGUGAGAAGAUCAGGAUUGCCACAGCUCAGCGACUACUUCGGAUGCUGAGAAUAUGUGCUGGUCACAUGUCAGGGGUUUCUGCCCUCUCCUUUAGUUCCCUAAUGAAAAGCUCCAUUGGCGACUCCAGCUUCCUGGCAUAGAAACUGCCCCCUUCCGACUUUUUUCGGUUUGUUUUAGUUUUGCUGUCAAUGUCAUUGGUUUUGGGAUGAGGUGAAACCUUAGCUUUUCUAUAAAGAUGCAACAUCGUACUUUUGGAAGAGUAUACUUAAAAACAGAAGUGUAUUUAUUUCCAAGCAAAUGAACAAAUGAGUCAAAAGCUCUAUUUGUUAGGGUAACAAAAAUGAAUGGAAAAGUCAUUUCACUGACAGUUUAAUUUACAGAGUUCAAGGAGGGCAGGGGAUGAACUGCAUCAUCUCCAGGGCCAGCAGUGCUGCUCUAUCUAGCCUGCUCCGCCUUGCUGACUCCUUUCCUGGAGCUCCCAACUCUGCCCAAUUCCUUCUCAUUUUGGGACUCUGAAAUGCUAGCCACUGUCUGCUGUGCCUUACUGCUUGUCAUUUUAGGGGUUCAACCAUAAUAUCUGCCUCUGUGUCUCCUCUGCUGGAAAUGCCAUCCAAACUAGGUGGGAAAAGGAAGUGACAGUCAUACAUGUAUUUCCCGUGGAAAUAAGAGUGAGCAUAAUAAAAAAUAACGUGUAAUAACUAUAGUAAAAACAAAAAAAAACUUUUGAGAUUAAUACAAAAGUGGGGAAAGUGCACAUCUCUAAUGCAUAAUGGCAUCCUCUUUCAUCUUUAUGUGUCUGUAAGAAAUUCAGUAUAAAUAAAAUUUUACGAAGAGGGCAUUAGGACUUGUCACAUCAAAAUAGUGUAAUUAGUCUAAGAUCUGUCGCAGUUAUUUAUAGGGUUUUGAGGUGGUACCUUCUAGCCCUAUAUGUUUAACCUAAUGGGAGACCUCUAAUGUCCUAUGUUCAGAAAUUAAGUAUUCUGACAUAUAGCAAGUAUUCAAAAGACCAGUAGAUAGCUUAAGGAAAAGCAGGUAAAUGCCAAGCUAUGCAGUGUUCACAGAACUAAUUAAAUUACUUGCCCCAUCAAUCUCAGAAUAGAGCUGCUACUGCAUGGUUAUCAUCUGAGGUAAAAACAGUCUCUCCCCUCCCCCCUUUAAGGCUUUGUUGAAUAAAGCAGAACCAUAUAAAGCCAGGCAAAGAGACCAUAUAAUUAUACCAAAGGUAUUUGUUCGUAGCCUGUUCAGUGGAUAGAUACAAACAUCUCAAGAAGGCUUUCAGCUGUUACGGACACAUUAUUUGUGCUUGUUAAAAAUGUCUAUGCAGAACUGAGCAGUCAACAAGGUAACUCAAAUCACCUCUAGGGUCAAACUCCAGCAGAAAGGAGGGUCAGGAGAUGUAUUUUAAAUUAGACAAAAAAUUAGGUAGCAAAAUCUAAAAACGUGGAAUGUAUCUGAGGACAAUUAUAUGAUGGCAAGGAAAUAUUUUUUACAGAUUUUCUCCUUUUUCCACUCCUACGGGCUAACUUUCCUACCUAAUUAUGUCUUGGGGGAAUUGGAUUUUGAAACCAUCAGAAAAGCUGCAUGUUGCUUUGGUUUUGAUGAUGAGUAAAUAUAAAUGUUCUUCUGAAGAGCAAGGUGUUAUAAUUUGUAGUAUAUGCUUACAUUCUGAUAGCUUUGAAAGAAUGGGUGUACUUGCACUCUGGUCCUGCAAACUGCAAAAAAGGUUUAACUUGUACAUUUUUUGCUUACAGUAAUAAAAUAUAAAAAAACUGUUUUCUA